GAGAUGAACCCGGUGAACGCGACCUCUCUCUACGUGUCCGCGAGUCGCUCGGUGCUGCGGUGCGACCCCAGAGACCCCCGGGCCCUCGCGGAGCUCUGCCGGCUGCUGCCCUUCUUCCGUCAGUCCCUGUCCUGCCUGGUCUGCGGUAACCUGCUGCAGGACCCCAUCGCCCCCACCGACUCGUCCUGUCAGCACUACGUCUGUCGGGGCUGUAAGGGUCAGAGGAUGCAGCUGAAGCCGUCCUGUAGCUGGUGUAAGGACUACUCCCGCUUUGAGGAGAACAGGCAGCUGUCUCUGCUUGUCCAUUGCUACAGGAAGCUCUGUCUCUACAUCACCCGGUCGCCCCUCGCCCCUCACAUAGCCAGCGCCGCCAGCGACUCGCCGGAUCUCCAGGCCAUCCUCAACGAGGGCCUGAAGUUGGCCGAGAGCGAGCCGGAGGCGGAGGAGGUCUCGGAGUCGGGGGGGCUGUCUCCAACGGCCUCCACCUCGGACGUGCUCCAUCCCAACGGAGCUUCUCCUGAGAAGGAGCUCAGGGGGGAGGAGCUGAGCGUCAACGGACUCCAUGACUGUAACGGGCUGGUCAGCUCGGACGCUCUGCAGCCCGUCAUCAUCGACACGGGGGGCGGGGCCGUGAAGCAGGAGAGCUUCUCCUCGGAGAUCCCGGUGUGUGUGGGCGUCACCGGGGCCGGGGGGGCGGGGCUCUGUGACAUCAGCACCUUCGGGGAUGACCUGAAGCAGGGGCCGUUGUUGCUGAGUGUGGAGGAGGUGCUCAGGACUCUGGAGACGGACUCGGACCCGGACCCCGGACCCGAGCCCACCCCCCAGCCAGACUGCCCCCCCCCUGUACCCCAGUCAGGCCUCAACGGGCAGCACGGCCCUUCUGGCCCGGACUCCUCCCGCCUCAUCCCCUCCCUCCCCCCAGAGAACAGCCCCCGCCCCCUCCAGUCUCACCCGCAGCCCUCCUUGCAGCCCCCCCCUCAGCCCUCCACGGUCAUCCCUCGAGCCCCCCCUCGGUGCCACCGCAAGCGCUCCCGCUCAGAAAGCGACAGCGAGAAGGUGCAGCCUCUCCCCAUCUCCAGCCUCUUACAAGGGCCCCCCCUCGGUGCCAACAGCUCCCCCCACCACCCCAACCCUGGUGCCACCACCAAGCAGGAGCCUACGUUUCCUUCAGUCUCCCCCCACCCCCACCCUCACCUGGCCCCGGUGCCGAAUGGCGGCCCCCCUAAAGUGGGGAAGACUGUGCUCGUCUCCAACAAGGCACUGAAAAAGACAGUGGAGCAUCAUGGGUCCACAAAGAAGGCUUACACCAAAGCCAGGCAGGGGGCUCCGAAGCCUCGUGCACAGGCCCGUGACCGCCUGCCCCCUCACCCCCACCCACACCCCCUGACACACCCACCCAGCCCCUCAAAGCCACUGUACAAGAAGCCUGUGGAGAAGAAGGGCUGCAAGUGCGGCCGAGCCACACAGAACCCCUCGGUGUUGACCUGCAGGGGGCAGCGCUGCCCCUGCUACUCCAACCGCAAGGCGUGUCUGGACUGUAUCUGCCGCGGCUGCCAGAACUCCUACAUGGCCAACGGAGAGAAGAAGCUCGAAGCCUUCGCCGUGCCGGAGAAAGCUCUGGAACAAACCCGACUCACGCUGGGAAUCAACCUCACCAGUAUCACGGCGGCGGCCCUCCGCAGCCCGACCACCAGCUCCCCCGGAAACACACUCCUCAACGUCAGCACCGCCACGGGGGCGCCCGUCACAGCCAGCUUCCUGUCGGGGGCGGGCCACGACAACAGGGGCUUUGACGACUCACUGGAGAUGCGGUUUGACUGUUGAGGCUCCGCCCCCCCCUCCUCUGGUCAGUCGUAUCGCACAUUCCCCCGCCCCGCCCCCAAGGCGUUAUCCAUCGGGUCGUGCCAGGGACCUUCAGAGGCGGAGCCAGAACAAGGCAGCUACAGUGACAGGCGGUAGUGAGGGUCACCAGCUGGAGACCAGGGGUCGCCCUCCGUCCAUCGCCCGGACCUGCACCAUGCAGAAGAGAAGAAGGAGAAGAAAGAGGAGAUGUAGCGUCACUGUAUGUGCAGAGGUUUCAUUUCAGUGGGGAUAGAUUCUGUUCUCUACUAUGGGUAACGUGUAGAGCAUGUUGUGUAGCUCAGUGGGGGGUGUUGACCUCGGUCACAGCCUCUGUGUGUGUGUGAGUGUGAGAGCGAGUGUGGAUGUGUGUGUGUGAGGGGAAGGCUUUGGUUGGAGAUGAACAUUAUUAGCAGGAACAGAGACAUCACCAUCAUCAUCAGAGACGUGUAAUUUAUAUAAAGGAAAGAACUUUUUGUACGUGGACUCAUCAGUUUCCAUCUGAGAAAACAUUUUAUGAUAUAUUUUAUAAGUUAAAAUCGAUGGAGGCCAGUGCCGAGGCAGAGCUGCUUUGAACCGGAGCAUUUUCACACGGGUGGACGUUGACUCGUGUUUUAUAAAGAUGAGAUCAUACGAGUCUGUAACGUGAAAAAGUAAUGAUCAUAUCUCUGAUAUCUUAAACUUCAAAGAAGCAGAGAAACUUCUAACUGUCAGGUUUGAAUAUGAAACCUGACACGAUGUUUUUGUGACUAAAAAAAAAAGCCUUUAAAUGUGUCGUGGAUGAACCGGUGGUGGAGACAGAAGAGGAAACUUCUCUGGUUUGUUGUUGACUGAAGCACUUUCCCCACUUUCUCACCCCGACCACUCAUUUUCCAGCCACCACGUGUCGUCCCUGUGUUAAAGUCUCUGGUUGAUCGCAGCCUCCUCGCUCUGGGUUUCACCAGAUUCAGUUUUCUCAAAGCUCCACUCACGCUGCUAACCCCCCCCGGAGGACUGAAGAAGGAGAGCGCAGCUGGUUUCCUCGUCUUUCUGUUCAGUCCGUUAACAACACUUGCAGUAUUUAUUGGAUGUCCCCUGACGCGAGGACAGGUGUCGGGCUUCGCUUUCCCCUCCUCUGCCUGUCCUGUCUGUCCCUCCGGUUUGGACCGUCUCUGUCUCGGUUGCGUUGCCGUCUUCUUCUUAGUGUUAGUUCCUGGUGUCUCCAAACGAUUUUGUGUUCUCCCUCGGGGCAUUUAAAUACCUGUAAUAUAACUGUAACAUAUUUCCACAAAAAAGAAAGAAAAUGAAAAACUUA